AUGCACCUGCCGACGCUGCGUUCAGCCUUGGUAUCCGCCGGCUAUCUUAGGUCCAGCGUUCUCGCCGUCCUCAGCGCAUACGCCAAGGCGAAGGUGCUCGAGAUACUUCGAGAUGGCAUUAUCGUCGGCCACCUGACCAUCGUCGACGAGAGCGUACCGAUCGAGAUCGGAGCACAGGACGGUGCAGGCCGGUCCGUAACAUUAACCGUCCUCAAUGCGGACCUAUGGACCAGAGUCAUAUUGUCCAGCGACUUACUAGGAAUCGCCGAAGCAUAUACGCAAGGCGACUACGAAGUCUCCAGCUUGAGUGACUUCUUCAACCUCUGGUUAGACAAUCGGAAGACGCUGCACGCGCUGUCCACGUCGAUCAGCUCCAUCUUCACCCAAUACUCCGCGCUCGCGAUCAGGAGCCUCGGAUGGCAGAGCCUCAGCAUGGCUCGACGUAACGUGGAGGCGGCGUACGACACGUCCAAUAUCUUUUUUCAGUGUUUCCUGAGCGCGGAGAUGAUGUAUUCCUGCGCGUUAUGGGGAGAAGCAGAGAAUGGGGUUCGCGGUGACCUCACGGUCGGCCCUACUCCUGGUGACCUAGAAGCAGCCCAGCAGCGCAAGAUCACGACCGUACUCGCCAAAGCUCGCGCUGCUUUGCUGGGCUGCACGGUCGACACUCUCACGCUCUCCGAGGAGCAGGCGGACAUGGCUCGACAAAGAGCGCGCGAAGCGGGGGUGCAAGACCGCGUAAGCGUCCAUCUCUGCAAUUAUCGCCAGAUGCCUUCCGCGUUCGAGCACGCGUUCGACGCGCUCGUAACAUCCGAGAUGAUCGAGCAUGUCGGAAGCCAACAUCUAAACCAGUUCUUCCGGAUCAUGGAUUGGGCCCUCAAGCCAGAUCGAGCGACCAUGGUGAUCACGGCUACCUCUCAGCCCGAACACCGACACCGUGUAUAUCAGCCAGAUGACUUUGCUCGGCAUUACCACUGGCCGAACGCCAGAAAAACUUCGACAAAACAGUGA